AUGGGCAUUCUUUCUUUUUUUCAAACACAUAUAAUAGGCCAUAAUGUCCAAGUAAGUAAAUGGUCUCCUUACAUAUGGUUUAAUUUUGCAAGGUCAAUAUGUAAGGUCGUUUUAUUCGUAUAUUUUUAUUAUGUGACAUAUUUCUUACACAUAUUAUUGGUUAAAAAAAUUAAUUCUAAACUUUUUUUGAAAUACAGAAGAAUGUACAUAAACUUUUGGAAAUCGAUACCAAUAUGUGGUAUAUAUAAGAUCAAACUACUUGAUGACUCAGUUCAAUUUCUCAUGGAAUUUAUAAUACCAAGGCUUCAAAAUUUAUUGAUUGUCUGGGAACUGUUUUUCAAUGUAACGGUAACAAAUCAAUUAUUUGGAAAUAAUGAAACAGUACCUAUAUUAUUUUCAGAAAAUUCUGAAGAAUUUAGGACUAUUGAAAACAAUAUUUUAGUUACUACAUUAAUAAUUUCAAAUCAUAGGGCGGUUACUGAUUAUAUUUUAAUUUAUCAUAUCAUAUAUGACCAACUAAGAUCAAAAAAGGAAACUUUCUCAAUGAUAACGAUUUUGAAACAAUUAUGGUUUGAAAACGAUAUAUCAGUAUGUAACGAUUUAUUACAAGUUCGGUUUAUUGGAUGGGGUAACAUAUUUAAAUUGAUAAAAGUAGAAGUAUUGAAGGAUAUUAUAAUGAAAGAUGAGAAUUUUAAGAUAGCCAGUAAAGAUGUUUUAAACUUUCUAAAAAGAAAUGGUAAUAAUGUUCUAAUAAUAUUUCCAGAAGUAAAUAUUCUUACCACUGAACUUGGAAUGAUGCAACGUAAAAUUAAUGAAAAAUACUCUCCCUUUGUUUCAAAUUUUUAUAAUGUGCUUUAUCCAAGAUUUAAUACAUUUGUAAAUACUAUUGGGGCUUUUAAGGAAUUUUACCCAAAAAAGGAGUCUAAAAGUUAUACCAAAAAGUCGAUAUUCCAUAGAGGCAAAUUAUUUAAAGCAACAGAUUCAUUAAAUAAAAAGGUAACUACCAAACUCAACACUGGUGUUUCUAGUGACAACUGGGUGGUUAAUGGUGGUUGCCAAUACAGUGAGCUGCCUAAAGAUACUGUCAUGUUAAAUCAGUACAUGUACGAUUUUACUAUAAUUUAUUACAGAAUGAAAUAUACAGAUUGUGGGCAUGACCAUGAUAAUGGUAAUUUACAAGUACACGACGGAAUUCAAUUAGAGCAAGUCGCACCUUCAUUAGUAGAGUUGAUGUACAACAACAUUUCCACCGUGGCCGAUCCAAUUAUUAUCAUGGUAGACAUUCGCAAGCACGAACUUCCAUAUCUCAUGGACUUGAAACCCAAAAAACUUGAAAAAUGGUUAGAGUUGCAAUGGCUCAAUAAAGAACAGCUUAUUAAGACAAAUGAUUGUAAAGUGGUGUUGAAAUAA